AGGCCAUUUAGCAAUCUCCUUUCAAUGCUUUUCUCUUGAGCACUACUUGGGGUGCUGAAAAAGCAGAGGGCAAGCCUUUGUCUGACGCCAAAAAUGUCUUCAGUGAAGAGGCCGAGGGGAAGGCCUCCUUCCUCCAAGAAGACUGAUGGUUCAGGAUCAUAUACUAAGUUGCAGAAUACCCAGGUGAGGGCAAUGUCUGAAAAGAAGCAGAAGAAAAAAGCAGACUCGGAAAGUAAACAAGAGAAGGCAAAUCGCAUAAUAUCUGAAGCGAUUGCAAAAGCAAAAGAGAGAGGAGAGAGAAACAUUCCACGAGUAAUGAGUCCUGAGAACUUCCCCAGUGUUUCAGCUGAAGGCAAAGAGGAAAAGAAGGGUAGAAAAGUUAAAUCAAAACCAAAGGACAAGGAGAGCAAAAAACCAAAAACUGGUUCCUCGUCCAAAAUUAAAGAGAAAACAAAAAUUGGAAAGCUAAUCAUCACACUGGGUAAAAAGCAGAAAAGAAAAAAUGAAUCUUCAGAUGAAUUGUCUGAUGCUAAGCAGACUCCACAGCGGCCGUUGAAAGAUGAAGACUCACAGAAGAGAAGAUCAAAUCGUCAAGUUAAAAGGAAAAAAUAUGCUGAAGAAGGAGAAGGCAAACAAUCAGAAGAAGAAGCUAAAGUAUCUGUGAAAAUCAAAAAGAAUUCUGCCCCUUUACCUGCUGAACAGCCUUUACAAUUAUUUGUGGAAAAUCCAAGUGAAGAAGAUGCAGCAAUUGUAGACAAAAUCUUAUCCUCCAGGGUAAUAAAGAAAGAAAUGUCUGCUGGGAUGACAGUAGAAACAGAAGAGUUUUUUGUAAAAUACAAGAACUACUCUUAUCUCCACUGUGAGUGGGCCACAGAACAACAGCUUUUAAAGGAUAAAAGAAUCCAGCAAAAAAUAAAACGAUUCAAACUAAGGCAAGCACAAAGAGCUCACUUUUUUGCAGAUAUGGAAGAAGAACCUUUUAAUCCUGACUAUGUUGAAGUAGAUCGGGUAUUAGAAGUAUCUCUUUGUGAAGAUAAGGACACUGGUGAGCCUGUUAUUUACUAUUUAGUAAAAUGGUGUUCAUUGCCAUAUGAAGACAGUACGUGGGAGCUGAAAGAAGAUGUAGAUCAAGCAAAAAUAGAAGAAUUUGAACAAUUGCAAGCUUCCAGGCCUGACUCAAGGAGAUUGGACCGACCACCUCCAAACUCCUGGAAGAAGAUAGAACAGUCCAGGGAAUAUAAAAAUGGCAAUCAGCUCAGGGAAUAUCAACUGGAAGGACUUAACUGGCUCCUAUUCAACUGGUACAAUAGGCGGAAUUGCAUUUUAGCGGACGAAAUGGGUCUUGGCAAAACCAUUCAGUCAAUUACAUUCCUGUAUGAAAUCCUCCUGGCUGGUAUAAGAGGGCCUUUUCUGAUCAUAGCUCCGCUUUCCACUAUAACAAACUGGGAAAGAGAAUUUCGCACGUGGACUGACCUUAAUGUUGUAGUGUAUCAUGGAAGUAUGAUCAGCAGGCAGAUGAUUCAGCAGUAUGAAAUGUACUUCAGGGACUCCCAGGGACGUAUCAUUCGAGGUACCUACAGAUUCCAAGCCAUUAUCACAACUUUUGAAAUGAUUCUUGGUGGAUGUCCAGAGUUAAAUGCCAUUGAAUGGCGGUGUGUUAUUAUUGAUGAAGCUCACAGACUGAAGAACAAAAAUUGCAAACUCUUGGAAGGACUGAAAUUAAUGAACCUUGAGCAUAAAGUGCUGUUAACGGGUACCCCACUGCAGAACACCGUAGAGGAAUUAUUUAGCCUUCUUCAUUUUCUUGAACCGUUGCGUUUUCAUGCUGAAUCUACAUUCAUGCAAGAAUUUGGAGACCUUAAAACAGAGGAACAGGUUCAGAAACUACAAGCCAUCCUGAAACCCAUGAUGCUCAGACGAUUAAAGGAAGAUGUAGAAAAAAAGCUGGCUCCGAAGGAGGAAACUAUAAUUGAAGUAGAACUAACUAAUAUUCAGAAGAAAUAUUAUCGAGCAAUCUUGGAGAAAAAUUUUGCUUUUUUAUCCAAAGGAGCAGGGCAAGCAAAUGUACCCAAUCUGGUUAACACUAUGAUGGAACUCAGAAAGUGUUGUAAUCACCCUUAUCUCAUCAAAGGUGCCGAAGAGAAAAUCCUUGGAGAGUUUAAAGAAACGUAUAGCCCAAGUGCUCCUGACUUCCAUCUACAAGCAAUGAUCCAGUCUGCUGGUAAAUUGGUUCUUAUUGAUAAACUUCUUCCAAAAAUGAAAGCAGGAGGCCACAAGGUCCUUAUCUUUUCUCAAAUGGUGCGCUGCCUUGAUAUUUUGGAGGAUUACCUUAUACAUAAAAGAUACUUAUAUGAACGAAUUGAUGGGCGAGUACGAGGGAAUCUCAGACAAGCUGCCAUUGACCGGUUCAGCAAACCAGAUUCCGAUCGCUUUGUCUUCCUUCUGUGCACCAGAGCUGGUGGCUUGGGCAUUAAUUUGACUGCAGCAGAUACAUGUAUCAUUUUUGAUUCUGACUGGAAUCCUCAAAAUGAUCUGCAGGCUCAAGCCCGUUGUCACAGGAUUGGUCAGAACAAAGCAGUGAAGGUCUACAGACUGAUAACGCGUAACUCCUAUGAAAGAGAGAUGUUCGACAGAGCAAGUCUGAAACUGGGACUGGAUAAGGCUGUCUUACAGAGUAUGAGUGGAAGAGAAAACAGUGUUGGUGGUAUCCAGCAACUCUCCAAAAAAGAAAUAGAAGAUUUGCUUCGAAGAGGUGCAUAUGGUGCCAUUAUGGAUGAAGAAGAUGAAGGCUCUAAAUUCUGUGAGGAAGACAUUGACCAAAUUUUGCAGCGUCGUACUAAAACCAUCACGAUUGAAUCAGAAGGAAGGGGCUCCACUUUUGCCAAGGCUAGUUUUGUUGCGUCUGGAAACAGGACUGAUAUUUCACUUGAUGAUCCCAAUUUCUGGCAGAAAUGGGCAAAAAAAGCAGAAAUAGAUAUCGAUGCUAUCAGUGGUAGAAACAGCCUGGUUAUUGAUACCCCAAGAAUUAGGAAACAAACGCGGCCCUUCAGUGCUACAAAAGAUGAGCUGGCUGAGUUGUCUGAAGUAGAGAGCGAGGGUGAUGAUAAACCAAAACUCCGCAGGCCUUGCGACCGUUCCAAUGGAUAUGGAAGAACAGAGUGUUUUCGGGUGGAAAAAAACUUGCUGGUCUAUGGGUGGGGUCGAUGGAGAGAAAUUUUGUCACAUGGUCGCUUCAAGAGACAGCUGAAUGAACAGGAUGUGGAGAUAAUUUGCCGAGCUCUGUUAGCCUAUUGUCUUGUUCACUACAGAGGGGAUGAGAAAAUAAAAAGUUUUAUAUGGGAUCUCAUUACCCCAACAGAGGAUGGACAAACACGAGAGUUACAAAAUCACCUUGGCUUAUCAGCCCCUGUGCCUAGAGGAAGAAAAGGAAAAAAGGUGAAGACCCAGGCUAGCACUUUUGAUAUACACAAAGCAGAAUGGCUUCGAAAAUACAAUCCAGAACAUCUGUUGCAAGAUGAAGGAUACAAAAAGCACAUAAAACACCAUUGCAACAAGGUUUUGCUUCGAGUAAGAAUGCUGUAUUACUUAAAACAAGAAGUCAUUGGUAAUGAAUUCCAAAAGGUGUUUGAUGGAAUUGAUGCCAGUGAAAUUGAUGUUUGGGUCCCUGAGCCAGAUCACUCUGACGCUCCUGCUGAGUGGUGGGAUGCAGAUGCAGAUAAGUCCCUCCUAAUAGGAGUUUUUAAACACGGUUAUGAAAAAUACAACACUAUCCGAGCAGACCCAGCACUGUGCUUCUUGGAAAGGGUUGGCAAGCCAGAUGAAAAAGCAGUUGCUGCUGAACAGAGAGCAAAUGAUUAUAUUGAUGGGGAUGUAGAAGAUCCAGAAUAUAAACCAGCACCAGCAAUGUUUAAAGAUGACAUAGAGGAUGAUGUUUCAUCCCCAGGUGAUCUAGUAAUAGCAGAUGGAGAUGGACAAAUGAUGGAAGGAGACAAAAUCUAUUGGCCCACUCAGUCUGCCUUAACAACACGUCUUCGCCGCCUAAUAACAGCUUAUCAACGAACAAGUAAAAAUAGGCAGGCCCAGCAGAUCCAGCCAGCAUUCCCAAUACAAACUAGUAUGAUGCAGCCUCCAUACGAAGAAGCUGCUCUAAAUCCAAAGAUGGCUGCUAAGAUUGAAAGACAGCAAAGAUGGACGAGAAGAGAAGAAGCUGACUUUUACAGAGUUGUGUCCACAUUUGGAGUGGUGUUUGAUCCUGAAAGGGGACGAUUUGACUGGACCAAAUUUAGAGCAAUGGCUAGACUGCAUAAGAAAACUGAUGAGAGCUUAGAGAAGUACUUGUAUGCAUUUAUGUCAAUGUGCCGGAGAGUCUGUCGUCUCCCAUCAAAAGAAGAACUCGUAGACCCAAACAUUUUUAUCCAACCGAUUACAGAGGAGCGUGCUUCUCGGACUUUGUAUCGCAUUGAACUCCUAAGGAAAGUGCGAGAACAGGCUCUUAGACACCCACAGUUGUUUGAACGACUAAAACUGUGCCAGCCAAACCCAGACUUACCUGUCUGGUGGGAGUGUGGGACACAUGACAGGGACUUACUUCUUGGAGCUGCUAAACAUGGAGUUAGCAGGACAGAUUAUCAUAUUCUUCGUGAUCCCGAACUCUCAUUUAUGUCUGCCCAGCGGAAUUAUAAUCAAAAUAAAGUGGCGCUCUCAAGGACUUCUACUCCACUCUUGCAUCAGUAUCAAAUGGCGUUAUCUGCUUCUCCUCUCACACCUCAGUCAAGAUUGUCAGAUGCUAAAGUGAAUGCUUUAGAGGACACAAAAGCUAAAAAUGAAAAUCUGAAGGAGGACCCUCAGUCUUCUGAAGAGGAGUCUAUGUCUACAGAGGAGACACAGACAAUAAUGAAAUCUGAACCCUUGAGUCCAAAAAAUGGCACACCAAUACAAAACACAGACCACAAAGCUAGCAUGAAGACUGAAACAGACAGGCGCAUGGUGGCAGCAAGGACAGAGCCUCUAACUCCAAACCCAGCUUCCAAAAAACAGAGAGUCAGCAAAAGGGGUUCUGACUCUAGCUCUGACUCAGACUCUGACUCAGACAGAUCAUCCUGUUCUUCCAGGUCAUCAUCUUCAUCUUCGUCGUCUUCCUCAUCUUGUUCACACUCUCGAUCAGGCUCUAGCUCUUCAUCAUCUUCAUCUUGUUCUUCUGCAUCUUCAUCCUCCUCCUCCUCAUCCUCGUCAUCAUCGUCGUCAUCAUCAUCAUCAUCUGAAGAGAGUGAUAGUGAUGAAGAGGAGGCACAAAAACGUGAAGGAACCCCGCAUAUAAAAGCCUAUGAUGAAGAGAGUGUAGCCUCUCUGAGUACAACACAAGAUGAGACGCAAGACAGUUUCCAGAUGAACAACGGGACACCAAAUUCCAGUUAUAUCCUACAAGGUGGCUACAUGUUGGCUGCAUCCUACUGGCCAAAGGAUCGAGUCAUGAUUAAUCGACUUGACAGUAUUUGUCAGACAGUGUUGAAAGGUAAAUGGCCUUCAGCAAGAAGGAGCUAUGACAGCAAUACGGUGGCAUCUUUCUACACAACCAAACUUCUGGAUAGCCCAGGUGCAGCUGCAGAUUACAGCGAGCCCAGUGUACCAACACCCCCUCUUGCAGGUGUUAAAGAAGAAUAUGAUCAAUCACCACAGAUGUCAAAGGUGAAGAAGCAUGUACGAGAAAAGGAGUUUACAGUGAAAAUCAAUGACGAAGGUGGUUUGAAAUUGACUUUUCAGAAGCAGGGACUGUCUCAGAAAAGGCCAUUUGAAAGUGAGGAAGGUGCACUGGGGCAGCAGCAAUACCUGGCUCGGCUACGUGAACUCCAGAAUGCUUCAGAAACCAGUCUUGUCAACUUCCCAAAAUCACUUCCCAAAUCAGGUACUUCCAGUCACUUAACAGCCUGUGCCAAUGGAGUCAUAGUUGACAGUCAGCCUGCAGUCAAAAAGAGAAGAGGAAGAAGGAAGAAUGUGGAGGGAGUUGAUGUCCUCUUUAUGAAUAGAAAUAAACAGCCUAAUCAUGUUAAUCCAGGUAUUAACUCCUGUCAAGUUGCUGCAGGAAUAAACCCAGCACUCACUUACACGCAGUCCCAAGGCAUGCUUGAUGCAGAGAGUCCAGUCCCUGUUAUUAACCUAAAAGACGGAACAAGGCUUGCAGGUGAUGAUGCACCCAAAAGAAAAGAUUUAGAAAGGUGGCUUAAAGAACAUCCUGGAUAUGUUGAAGACUCAGGAGCCUGUAUUCCUAGGAUGCAGCUGCACGAUGGGAGGCCCAAACAAAAAAGACACCGUUGUCGAAACCCUAAUAAACUGGAUGUUAAUAGUUUGACUGGUGAAGAACGUGUUCAGCUUAUAAAUAGAAGAAACGCAAGAAAGGUGGGGGGUGCGUUUGCUCCUCCUCUGAAGGAUUUGUGCAGGUUCUUGAAAGAAAAUCCAGAGUAUGGAGUGGCUCCUGAAUGGGGCGAAGUUGUAAAACAAUCUGGAUUUCUUCCAGAAGGUAUGUUUGACCGCAUUCUCACUGGACCCGUUGUGCGGGAAGAAGUAAGCCGGAGAGGAAGACGCCCCAAAAGUGAGAUUGCUAAGGCAACAGCAGCUGCAGCAGCUGCCACGGCUGCAAGCGUAUCAGUUAACCCUCUGCUAGCUAACGGAUUGCUUCCGGGAGUGGAUCUGCCGAGUCUUCAGGCCUUACAACAAAACCUGCAAAACCUGCAGUCGCUGCAGGUAACAGCAGGAUUAAUGGGAAUGCCAGCUGGCUUAACUACUGGAGGAGAAGCUAAGAACGUGGCUGCCAUGUUCCCCAUGCUGCUGUCAGGGAUGGCUGGAUUACCAAACUUGCUGGGCAUGGGAGGACUUCUAACAAAGUCUACAGAAUCUAUUUCAGAGGAAAAAAAGGGAAGCGAUUCAAAGGAGGCAGAUAUAAAGAAAGAAAGGACAGAAGACCAAAAUACGGAUACUGGUGGUGAAAACUCUGUUUCAAGUUCUCCGUCAACAUCCUCUGCUGCUGCAGCUGCCAAUCCUCUCUCUCUUAACCCAUUACUUUUGUCCAACAUACUUUACCCAGGGAUGCUUCUCACUCCAGGCCUUAAUCUUCAUAUCCCAGCUUUGUCUCAGUCUAAUGUUUUUGAUGUACAGAACAGUGAAAGCAAUGACACAGGCUCAGCCAAGCCCACAGAAGAAAAGGAGGAAAAUUGUAGGGUUAGAGAUCAGGAAGACAAAGGGGGAACAGAGCCAAGCUCUCACAAUGAAAACAGCACAGAUGAGGGUUCAGAGAAAGCAGAUGCUUCAUCUGGAUCUGAUAGUACAUCGUCUUCAUCUGAGGAUUCAGAUUCUAGCAAUGAAGACUGACCCCAGACUCUGCACUUAAAUUAUAAACUGAUUUUGAAUUUAUUCUUUAAUUAUUUCAUUGUAAAUAACCCAGUGUUGAGUGCAUCAAUGAUUUACUGACCGAACAUUUCAGUAUUUGUUUAGAAGUGCAAACUGCUUUCAGAGACGUUUUGCAUGUAAUAUUUCUUGAAGUUCAUAAGUUUCUGAACUUGUAUGUACUAUCAAAUACACAAUGGUGUAAAAUUACAACAAAGGCAUUAUAAUUUUGUUGGGGGGUUAAUUUUAUGAAAAUAAUGCUCAAGUAAGAGCUGUAUAUUUAAUAUAUUUGCAGUGAACACAGAAUACUUUAUGCAUAUUAUUGAUUUAAUUUGAAUAUAGUUUUACAGCCUCCUUGACACUUAUAAUUUACAGAUCAAAACUCAGCAAUAAUUUGGGCAGCUAAUGAAUGUCAUGAAAGCUGUAGAAUCUACAUCACCAUCCAUUGCUUUAAUUACAUGAAAAUGCUCUAGUGUUGUGAUGCACUGCUGUUUCCAAUUCAGGUACAAGUGUGUUUAAAAGAAGAUAAAUUUUUCCCAAUCAGCCAAUUAAACUGGCUACCUGUUACCUCAGCUGAGUUAGUUUAGGAAGUUUACAUUGGUUUCUAUUACUUGUUUUCAGGUUUUGUUUUGUUUUCUAAAGACAUCCUGUAUAUCAUGUUAAAAUCUGAGUUACCUGAGAUAUGACUGUUGGGGUUUUUUUCCCCCCCCUUACUACAACUGUUCCCUUUGACAGCAGUAAGGGGAAAUUAAAGCAAAAACUGUCUUAUCUCAUGCUACUUGGCACCAUGUAGAUCUAUUUAGUUUACACCUUGCAAAGUUUUGGGCUCCCUCCGCAGAAUUAGAAGUCCCAAAAUGAGGAGUAGUUUCCCCAAGACUCAGAAAAGGCAAACUGUCAUAAAGUGCCACUGAAAAGACCUUUCAACACUGCAUAAUUCAUGUAAAAAUUGUUUGUUUGCUUUGUUUGUGUAGAUUUCUAUUUGUGUUUUAUGUCAUAAAACCUCCUGGAAUUACCAGUUAAUAAUGGUAAAUAAAGUAUAGAUAGUUUUGAACUCCUUUUGAGUUUAAACUUUUCUGCAGAUUUAAAUCUGACUAAAUAUUAAAUAUUACCCAAAAUCAUUAUUGGGAUAUCACUUCAUAUAUUAUGCUGAGUUACCCACUAAAGAAAAAGCACUUUGAAUAGUAAGGAAGACAAAUUAUUCAUAGGAACCACAGUAACAGGGCAUAAGGCAUCUGUUCAAGUCCAAAUCCUUAGAACCCUUUACUAUAUAAAAUCUGUCUAAUAUUUGAUGUGUGAUAUGAU